GUCAGCUCCUCCGAUGUUUCGUCCAAAUCAGAGUCUGGAUGCUCCUGAUGGGCUGAACACAUGCACGCACACAAAGAUGGAUUUAAAGUCAACACUUCUGGUCGUUGGAGGAUCCGCGUGCUCUUUCAAAUUGCUCAACGCAAUCAUCAAAUUCCUGCCAACACCAGAGCCGGCACGCAAGAAAGCCUGGAGGUGGAGGAAUAUCAGCACAUCUUUAGCUCACAGCUCGCUGGCAGGAACAUGGGCUGUUUUAUGUUUCUACCUUCAACCUCAGAUGGCGGAGGACCUGAUCUCCUCUCACUCCUUGCUUUCCCACAGCCUUGUAGCUGUGUCUAUAGGUUAUUUUAUCCACGACUCUUUGGAUGUGGCGUUGAACCAGUCAUGUAAACAGUCCUGGGAGGUGCUCCUCCACCACUCUGUGGUGCUCUCCUGCUUCAGUUUAGCUGUAACGUCCCGCCUCUACGUGGGCUACGCUGUGGUGUCUUUGCUGGUCGAGAUCAACUCCGUGUUCCUUCACGUCAGACAGCUCCUCCUCCUGUCAGGACGGAGGAGCAGACCAGGCAGUGACAUCACAGCCCCUCGCCCCUCUGUGGCCUACAGCGUGACCAGCUGGCUCAACCUGGGAACGUUGUUGGUGUUUCGGGUCUGCACGCUGGGUUGGAUGACCCGCUGGCUGGCAGCUCACAGUGAAUUUGUCCCUCUUUACGUCCUGAUGACGGGAACAGUAAGCCUGAGCGUCAUCUCCAUCAUGAACAUAGUGCUGUUUUACAGACUGCUCAGAGCAGACCUCCUUUCCAGUACACACAACACCAGUAAGGACCACUAG